UCUCUUCUCUCUCGUAUGCGUUUGUUUGUGCGCGCACUAAUCCCGGAUGACUAAAACUUAUAUUCAGUUUGGUAUUAAAAAAAAAAGCAACGCCUAAAUUCGAUGCAUAAUCUGCUAUCGCUGCCCUUCUUUGGAUGCCCCACAAGCGGGAAGCGGGAAUUCCAGUCCAUUUUCUGAAUCAACGGGGAGUGUUGACUUGACCGCACGGACCGAGGACUUUACUUCGCCUGUCCACACUACCACGGACUCUAGGAAAGGGCCACCCUCACCCACCACUGAAGAUAGCAGUGAGGAAAGAUAGAGAGAUAGGUUUGGUGGAGGGAGGCACACAGACCGCCUUGCCAGACAGGCUGAUAACGGACCGGAGCGAGGGGAGCUAAAUGCGGAUCACAGCCGACCCAACGAGGACGAUGAGCGGUGGCGGCUCUGGCAACUUUCUGUUGGUUCCCAUACCGGAGUACCCUGUGCUGGACUGCGUGGUUCCCAACAAAAACGUAAAAAUCGUGGUGUUGGGUGCAAGCAACGUCGGGAAAACUGCACUCAUUGUCCGCUUCCUCACCAAGAGGUUCAUAGGAGACUAUGAAGCCAACACCGGUGCUCUGUAUUCCAGGAAGUUGAAUCUGGAGGGCGAGGAGGUCUCAUUGCAGGUCCAGGACACACCCUGCGUAGCUCUCCAGGAUGAUGUGGACGGGUUGUACUGCCAGGAACAGAUAAAUAGGUCCAUCUACUGGGCAGACGGCUACGUCCUGGUGUUCUCCAUCACCGACUACAACAGCUACCGCACCAUCCAGCCUCUGUACCAGCAUGUCCGCCGCAUCCACCCCUCGGGGAACAUACCUGUCAUACUGGUGGGCAACAAGAGCGACCUGCUGAGGGCCCGGCAGGUGCCUGCGGAGGAGGGGGAGGGGCUAGCCGCCAGCCUAGGGGGGGUGUACUUUGAGGCGUCGGCGAGAGAGAACCACGACGGCGUCCACGCGGCCUUCCUCCAGCUCUGUCAGGAGGUGAGCCGGGCGCUGGGCGGGGGGAACGGGGAGAAGCGGAGGGCCGGGCUCCACCUGGCCAGGCCCAAGUCCCCCAACAUGCAGGAGCUCAAGAGGAGGUUCCGCCAGGUCCUCUCCUCCAAGGUCAAGUCGGCCUCGGGUCCCUGAUCCCCGCGACCGGGAGUCCGGCACAAUCCGGAGAGUAAAACACGUAACGGAUUCAAAUGAUUACCUCUCCGAUGACGGAAAUCGCGCAAUUAUGGACCAGGUUUAUUUUUCUUUGAUUUUUCGGGAAAUGACCGGUUCUGAUCUGAUACUAAGAAUUCGGAAGAACGUUUUAGCCACCGUGUUUGAACCACCAGAUUGAAACUCUGACUUUGGCUAAAGAGGUGGCAAGGGAAAGAUGUCACUUUGACAGGAAGUUACAAUUAAAGUUGCUUCGUUGGAUGAAUGGACAGAUGGAUUGCUAAAAGGAUAAUGAACGUAUGGAUGGUGAGUUAAACAGGUGGUUGGAUGUUUGGAGGGAUGGCUAGAUGGUGAAAGGAUGGAUGGAUGGAUGGAUGGAUGAUGACUGAUUUGGAUGGAUGGGCCGAGUAGCUGAUGGACAGCAGAAGUGAUUCAAAUCCCAGGAAGCUCUUUACCAAAAGGAACCAUGACCUCACUACCUGAUGCCAUUCCGAUAGCCCACCAGCAUGUCGCCUGCGGAUCCAAAUGACAUCAUCAUGGUGUGACAUCAUCAUGGUGUGACAUCAUCAUUGUGUGACGCCACUAUCGUUUUUGUGUGACGUUAUCAUAAUGUAAGAUGGGCAAAACGCAGAGGAUUGUUGCCAAAUAACAGAUUCUUUUCUAACGGAUGGUUUGUCUCUGAGCUUCGCCCUUUGCCCCAGUCUCUCGCUAGCGAGCUGUGACACUUGAAUGGUUGGGAGGGUUAGACUGACAGGACGGUGAUCCAACCAGAGUGGAGCAGACAGUACGACCGUAACCAAUCAUGGACAGCCAGGACGUAUCUGUUUUAUACCUCUCAGUAAUGGAUUGAGCCGUAAGGUAUUGUAUUGUCCCAACUGUUUUGACAAUGUAUUGAUGCUGUACUGACUCAGUAUUGAUAUGUAUUGAUACAGUAUCGAUAAUACUCGAUACAGUAUACUCAGUAUCAAUGUGUUCAGAAUUUAUGAAUAAUAAAUUCUGUGUAAAAAAUGUAUAA